AUGAAUACGUUUCCUCAGUCAAGAACUAGCACCGACCUGCGUUCUGGCGAAAUUAGCGCCAGUUCUAAACUCAAAGCAUUUUUCCACAAAACAGAAAACAACGUGGACACUGGCGUCGCUGGGAUGUCCAAAAGAUUUCGCGAAUACCAAGAUAGGACCUACAAAAAUAAUCCGGCUGCCACGUAUACGACGGAAAUUAAUGAAAUCAAGAACGCUAACCCUUUCGUUGAGGAAUUUGUGGCAAUGAGGAUGAAGGUCGGAACAAAAACGCCUAACAUGAUUCGAUUUGGGUCAAAUCAGACAAAGUACUUCGAGGAAGAUUCGAUAGUUGGUCUUUCAAUCAAGGAAAGCCAUUCCGAGCCAAAAAAAACCGAUUCAAUAUUGAUGGUAAAGGAGCAGGACACGAAAUAUGUUGAAGACAGCUUUAACUCAGGUUGGGACGAAAACAUCGCGAUCGAGAACCCGAUAGUCUUGGAAGGUAUGCUUCGUUGCUGGGAGGCAUGCGGAAUUCCAGAUUCCGAAUUUGAUGCGGAAGAUUUAGUGAUGACUGUCCAAAAAUUGAGCUAUGGUAUACUUCAAGCCUUGGCUAAUCAAGGAGCCGUCAAUAAAUUGGUCAAGCAGAUUGAAGUAGCCGAAAUCACCGAAGACUUUGAGGAAUGCUGGCUAGAUUUACUCGAAGCGUUACAGUCCGAAGAAAAGCUCAUGACGAUGGAGACAGACUUAUCAGAACAGUUUGCAAUAAAUAAAGAGCAAAGAUCUCGCAACCUGUUUUUGGAAGACCGUGUUAGAUUCUUGGAAUCACAAUUAGACGAUCAGUUGCUUCUAAAACGUGAGUGUGAGAAUAGCGUUGCAAAUGCCCACGAAGCUGCGAAACUAUAUGAGGAUCAAAAGUCAAAGUACCAUGAUGUUUGCACCAAAAUUAACAGAAUCGAAUUAGACUUAGAGGAGAAAACUAUGCGAAACGACGCUCUCUUACAGGAAAAUGGAGAGUUAAGGGAAGAUCUUAUGAGACGCGAAAGCCAUUUGGACACCUGUGAGAGUCAAUUAAGACGCCUACAGAGGACAUUGUCACAAAAUCAGGCGGAUGCUGAGAGGACACUAGAGCGGAAGAACUAUCAUUGCAACCAGCUUAUUGCGCGAUGUGAGAGCUUAGAGAAAGACUGGAAGGACAGCUACUCCCGUGUCGCCCAUGAGUGUGAAAAAUUGAAUUUACAAUCUCAAAACUUGAGACUCGAUCUUCAAAGAGCCAAAGAAGAUGUAGAGAGGUACAAACUGAAAACGACGGAGUCUCUGAUAUCCUUGCAUACGUCCAAGAAUCGUAUCCAAGAACUAGAGACUCAAUAUAAAGACGCUUUUGGCAAAAUGACUGCUGCGUCAAGUCAGCUAGAUGAAAUGCUGGACUUUAAACAGAAAGCAAAAGCUAGAAUAAUCUCUCUGCGGGAUUCAAAGCUGGAGAUUAAGAAACAAAGUAAGCAUAUGCAGCACAACGAAAGCUUGCUGCGAUCUCAACUCAAUGAGAUUAUCGACCAAUACGAAGUCAAGGACGCGGAAAAUCGAAAACUGUUGAUAGAGUUAGAACAGUCGAAAAGACUUGUUCAAGAGACUAAAGAAUUAUUUAAGGGGCAUGCUACACCGCUAGGACAUAAAAGCUUGAAAAAACACCGUCCUUUAAGGAUUCUCACAAAUCGUAUUGAUGCGUGCUAG